UAUUAGCAUCAAAUGAGCAACAAAAUCCAUAAAAAGUUUGCAUACAAUUUCAUCAUUCAUUCAGCAUGGAAGGUAUCGAGGAUUGUUUUGUCAAGUUUUUUCUUCAACAAGCCCAAGAAAUUGAGCCUGUUACCAUUCAAACAUUGAUCGAUCAUGGCUACCGAACAAAAUUAUCCUUGACUGCUAUGGAUUUGGAACGCGAUUUGCCUUUGAUCGACGAAAUUGCUUUAGCUCAACGAUCAUUGUUACGUCGGUAUUUGACAGCCUUACAAGAAAGUCAACCGUUCCAAGUAACAUUGACUAAAGAUCCACCUCCGGGUACUUUAAGCUACGACUACCAAAUGGGUAUUCCGAUCAAGAAACGCAAAUACGAUGUCUACAUUGCCGAUCAGAGUUACUCUCACUUUAGAGAUGAUGACAGAAAUAGUCCGGAAAAUUUCGAAAGUUCGUUCGAAUCCGCAGCCUCAUCAAAGAAAGUCCAUGAUUCGAUUGUGAAAAAAAUCAGUAAACAAAAAUCCCAAGUUAUUCAAAAAACCAAUCCUGAAAUGGAACAAUCCAAACAGAAUGGCACUUCUACUUCGAAAGCCGAAUGGCGUUCCCCGAAUGCGAAUGAAACGCGAACACGGAUUGUUCGUGAUUUUGAUAAAAUGUUUACGUCAAUCAACAAUGGACGCGAUUCACAGGAUCAGACGUUAUCGCAAAUCCCUACUAAUCUUAUGGAAACUUCAAUAGUCCAGGAUGAGGAAAUGAGUCAAAUAAAUGAAGAACAAAAUAAUAGCAUCAGAUCGAAAAGAGGUAGAAAAUCGAUAGUGCCUCGAACUCCUUCUCAAUUACGGUAUGAAAAAAUGCGACAAUCAUUAGCAGAUAACAGCAGCACUAGUAAUGCUGGCAUCUCAUCUGGACCUGUAAGCAAAACAACACGCCGAUCAUUGUUUCUAUCACAAUCAAAAUCUGAUUCAAAAGAUGUAUCAACUGGAGAGAACAAAAAGACUGUGAUGACACCAGCAGAACGUGAAGUACUUGCACGAAUCGAAGCAAAAAAACAAUCUCAAACAGGCACUAAAUCGUGUCGACGAAAGAAAUGAUACAGAUGUUUUGAUCAAUUUUUCUAAAUUAUAU